AUGGAUUCAAAAUCACCAAUCAACGUAUCCAUCUCACAAACAACAAUAGAUCGUGUGCAAACUUCAAUUUAUCGGACAACGAUUAUUGAACAACAAAACUUAGAAAACUUUCAAAUCUUUUGGCUUAAUGAUAAUAUCAAUAAAACGGAUGAUAAUUUACAAACCAUAGCUCUACUACGUGCUACUAUUAAUUAUCUAAAUAUAUUUGAUGAUGUUUGUGACUGUUAUGACUACAUAGCCAAUGUUCAAAAUGAAAAAGUAUUUUUAAUUGUAUCAGGUUCAAUUAGUAAAGAUAUAAUACCACAUGCUCAUCGAAUGCCACAAAUUCAAUUUAUUUAUGUAUACUGUUUUGACAUCGAAAAACAUAAACAAUGGGCAAUGAGUUAUGAAAUAGUGCGUGGUACAUAUACUAAUAUGAAUGAUAUUUGUGAGCAAUUAAGUAAAGAUAUUGUUACAAGCUCACAUCAGUUAUUAUCCAUGGAUAUUAUUUCUACAAACAUAAAAGAAAAAGAAAUAAAUAAACAAGAAGCUUCAUUUAUGUACUUUCAAUUGUUAACUGAAAUCUUAACUGAAAUGGGACAUACAGAUGAUGCAAAAACAGAUAUGCUUAAACAAUGCCGAUUACAAUAUAUUGGUAAUGACAUAGCUUUAAAUCAUACAGACGAGUUUGAUAAGACUUAUAGUCCAAAUAAAGCAAUAUGGUGGUACACACAACAUUGCUUUUUAUAUGAAAUAUUGAAUAAAGCACUUCGACUUGAUGACAUUGAUAUUCUAUUUAAAUAUCGUUUCUUCUUAAGUGAUCUCCAUAAUCAAAUAAAACAGUUACACUCAGAGUUUGUUCAAUCCUUACCAACAAAAAAUAACUACAGUAAACAAAAAAAACUGACUGUGUUUCGCGGUCAGGGCAUACAUAUACAUGAGCUCGGGAAAAAAAUCCAGAAUAAUCUUGGGGGGCUUUUAUCAUUCAAUAGCUUUCUGUCAACUAGUAUCAAUCCAAAAGUAGCACUAAUGUUUGUCACAAAUCGAUCGGAUAUUCAAUCUGUUCUUUUUGAAAUAAAUGCUGACUAUAGCUCAGACACAAAACCAUUUCGUAACAUUAAAAAACUAAGCAUGUAUAAUGAAGAAGAUGAAGUCCUUUUCUCUAUAGCAACUAUCUUUCGAAUUGAAUCAAUUACUAAGUUACGUAACCCAGAUUGGAAGGUAACAUUAACAUUGACUACAGCAGAAGAUGAACAGCUGACACAUUUAAAAGACCACUUUCGACUAGAACUCGGCGAAAUGCUAAACCUACACGCCCUGGGUGCACUCACGAGACUGAUGGGCAAGUAUCAACACGCUCAACAAUAUUUCACAAGCCUAAUUCAACACAAUCAGCCGACACACCCCGAUCUUCCACGAAACUAUCAUAACAUCGGACUAGUCUUCCAAGCCAAAGACGAAUACGACAAGGCCUUAGCAUAUCAUGAAAAAGCGUUACAAAUUGAAUCCAAUUCAUUGCCAUCAAAUCAUUCAUCGUUGGCCACUACAUAUAUUAAUAUCAGAUUAGUUUGUGAUCAGAAAGGUGAAUACGAUAAGGCCUUACACUACCAUGAAAAGGCAUUAGAAAUUCAAUCGAAUUCAUUACCAUCAAACCACCCGUCACUAGCCAUUACAUAUAAUAAUGUUGGAUUAGUUUGUGAUGGGAAAGGUGAAUACGGUAAAGCCUUAGAAUAUUAUGAAAAGGCACUACAAAUUCAAUCGAACUCAUUACCAUCAAACCAUUCAUCAGUAGCCAACACAUAUAAUAAUGUUGGAUUAGUUUAUUAUGGGAAAAGUGGAUACGAUAAAGCAUUAGACUAUUAUGAAAAAGCACUACAAAUUCAAUCGAAUUCAUUACCAUCAAACCACUCGCCACUAGCCAUUACAUAUAACAAUGUUGGAUUAGUUUGUGAUGAGAAAGGUGAAUACGGUAAAGCCUUAGAAUAUUAUGAAAAGGCACUAGAAAUUCAAUCGAACUCAUUACCAUUAAAUCAUCCAUCAUUAGCCGCUACAUACAAUAAUAUUGGAUUAGUUUAA